AUGCAGAACAUGUUCUCCAACAUCAGCUCAGCCUUCAGCUUCCCUCAAAAGCCCAACAUCCCCGUCCGGAUCCCCAACGACGACACGUCCUUCAACCCCAAAGAGUACCCUCACGUCAUCGUCUCUGCUGAGGGUAAGAUGUCGGGAAAAGUCCUCCUUGUCCACGGAGGUAACGAGACGGACGAAACGGGGUUGGGGUUGAUUUCGACGAGGGUUUGGGUUGUGAAUGAGGCGGAUAAGGAGCAGGUUGUUAUUUCUGUGAGUUUCGAUAAGGAGACUCACACUUACCAUUUGAAGACACCCAGGGAACUACGUUUCAACGCAAUCUACUACGAGACCAUGGUCCAAUAUCCCUCGACCACAACCUCAACCUCCUCCCUCUCCCUCUCCCUCCCCAACACCUCCCUCUCCGGCAGCGACCUGUCCAGCCUCGCCUUCGGAUCUAUCAAAACCGCUCUGUCCAACGGAUCCAUUGCUUUGGAAGACCUCAACGGCGAAUUCACUCACCUCCAAACGUCCAACGGCUCCGUCUCGGGUUCCUUCGACGCCGGUCAUAUCGACCUCGAUUCCACCAACGGUUCCAUCACCGCAAAGAUCUCUGUCCGCGACGCCCAGGAUGGGUCCCAGUCUCGUGUUAACACUCGAACCACUAAUGGAAGACUGGAUAUCCAUGCUCGGGCGACCCAGACGACGCGUGGAUUGUGGAUGAACAAUAGCUCGACGAAUGGAAGCGUUACUGUGGGCGCGUUGUUGAACAGGGCCGAUCGCACGUCCAUAAUUCAUUCGAUUACCAACAAUGGUAGGGUUGAGGUCGAUAUUGAUGCCAGUGUGACGGGUCAACCUUUGGAGGUCAAGCAGUCGACUUCUAAUGGCUCCAUUCGCAGCAACCUCAUGAUCCCUGUCGAUCAGCCCUUCCGGGGUCACAUCCAGUCCACCAACGGCUCCAUCGAAACCAACCUCACGGAAGCGUUCCAGGGCACAUUCGACCUGUCAACCUCAAACUCAAGUGCAACCGUCGAGGGCACAAACUUGACUCUGACAAAGAACAACAAGUCAGCCAAGCAGGGUUUCCGCGGCACAGAGGAUCCCAGCUAUAUCAAGCUCUCCUCCUCCAACUCGAGCGUCGCCUUGCGCUUCUACCCUGCCGGCGAGUCCUUGGCCGCCAAGGAGGGUUAA